GUUGAUAGCCGGAACAGGGAAAAACUUGCAUGACGAAAGAUUGUGUUAUUUUUACGAUUAAUUAAUUUGUUCGUAAUACUUCGAAAGAGCUCGAUCUAAAACAUGAGUAUGAUGUCUUUUUUACCCUGGAGGAGGCCUAAAGAUGUUGUACGUAUUAUUCGUUUACAAGGUGUGAUCCAGAGUGCUUCCAACAGCCCUCGAGCGCUUAACCUGAGAAAGGUGGAAAAAUCGAUUGAUGCUGCAUUCAAUGUAAAGAAAGUGAAGCCCAAGGCGGUUUGUCUCGAGAUCAACAGUAUGGGAGGCUCUGCUGUCCAGUCAAACUUAAUUUUCAACCGUAUCAGGGAAAUGGCGAGAGAGAAUGAGAUACCUGUGUUAUCAUUCGCUGAAGAUGCUGCUCUAUCUGGUGGCUACUGGCUAGCUCUUGCUGGAGACGAAAUAUUCAUUGACAAAAAUACCUUCAUUGGUUCUAUUGGGGCUUUGUCUGCAAAUAUUGGCAUGGUUGAUGCCAUGAAAAAGUUGGGUAUUGAAAGAAGACUUAUAACCGCUGGUGAAAACAAAGUCAGAUGGGAUCCAUUUAAGCCUGAGAAGAUAGAGGACAGGGAAUGGAUGAAAGGUCUUUUAACUCAAGUUCAUAACAACUUUAUUGAAUUGGUUAAAGAACGCAGGCCUCACAUGGACAAGGACCACAAGACAGCUUUUACUGGGGACUUCUUUGUUGGUGAGACUGCAGUGAAAAUUGGGCUUGCUGAUGGGACAAUAAAUGACAUGAAGUCAUUUUGCCGCAAAAGGUUUGGGAAAGAUGUAGUUUUCCAGCGAUGUGAUGUACCCAGUGGGUUAUUUGCUAAAAUGUUACGAAGAAAUGUAGGUUCUGAGACAUCAAUUCAAAUUGAUGAUGCCUUAGAUUCUAUUGCUGUGCGUGAAAUGCAGUCACGCUAUUCUCUGUGACAAUCUUGUUUGUGCAUGGCUAUGAUCCAGACUGUCUAUUAGUCUGAGUCUAAUGCUCCAGUGGUUUUCUGACUUUGGACUAAAGCAAGAAGGCAUAGUCCCAAGUGCCAAGUUAAAACAAAACUUUGAUCUGUGUACAGUAGUUCAUAAUUAGAUUAAUAAAAUUUUAUCUGAAAAAAGGACCGGUCUAACAGAAAGCCAGAGAUAAGAAAAAUAAUCUAAUCUAAUAUAUAUUAAUUAUCAUAAUAUUAUAGUUUUCAUGGGUAUAGGCAAAUAAAAUAAUCAAUGACAAAACACACAAUGACCAUGACCAUGUAGAGGUAUUUACCUUACUGUAGUGUUGGUGGAUUUACCCACCCCACCCGUUAGGUUUGCAAGCGUGCGAGUGCGCAUGUGUGUAAUAAAGAGACGAGCAUCAAAGCA